AUGGGGGGUGGGGUUACGUCACUUCCUGGAGACUGGCUGAAUCCGGAAGUGAUCCCUGAGGACCCAGUUGCAGCCGAGGACCCCGGCGGCAGGGCCAGUUUCGGGACCAUGAGCUGGAUUCCUUUCAAGAUUGGGCAGCCCAAGAAACAGAUUGUCCCCAAAACAGUGGAGAGAGAUUUUGAGAGGGAGUAUGGAAAACUCCAGCAGCUGGAGGAGCAGACCAGGAGGCUGCAGAAGGACAUGAAGAAGAGCACCGAUGCUGACCUGGCCAUGUCCAAGUCUGCCGUGAAGAUAUCCCUGGACUUGCUCUCCAAUCCCCUCUGCGAGCAAGACCAGGACUUCCUGAACAUGGUGACAGCUCUGGACACGGCCAUGAAGCGGAUGGAUGCCUUCAACCAGGAAAAGGUGAACCAGAUUCAAAAGACCGUGAUUGAACCCUUAAAAAAGUUCGGCAGUGUCUUCCCAAGCCUCAACAUGGCCGUGAAGCGGCGGGAGCAGGCCUUGCAGGACUACCGGAGGCUGCAGGCCAAGGUGGAGAAGUACGAGGAGAAGGAGAAGACGGGGCCCGUGCUGGCCAAACUCCACCAGGCCCGAGAAGAGCUGCGGCCUGUGCGGGACGACUUCGAGGCCAAGAACAAGCAGCUCCUGGAUGAGAUGCCGCGGUUCUACCACAGCCGGCUCGACUACUUCCAGCCCAGCUUUGAGGCCCUGAUCCGAGCCCAGGUUGGAUACUACUCUGAAAUGCAGAAGAUCUUCGGAGACUUGACCCAGCAGCUUGACCAGCCCGGCCACCCUGAUGAGCAGCGGGAGAGGGAGAACGAAGCCAGACUGAGCGAGCUCAGAGCCCUCUCCAUUGUGGCCGAUGACUGAGUCCCUGCCACUCUUUUGAAGACACCUGGGACACAAGUCAACCUGUAUGGUCUUUGCCCUUGUCAAGCUUAGGCUCAGGCGUCAGCUAGCAGAAGGCCCUCCUGAGAGACAUAUAGGGACCCCACUCUACCUCACUGGCCCUCUGCAGUUAGCCUGGCACCAGGAGCCCCAAGCAGGCUGCCAGCCCCCCACCCAUUGCAAGAGCCCAGACGGUAAGCAGGGCAGAGAAAGCCAGGGGCCUUCUCAUUUCCAAAAGAACCGUCCAGAGGGUAUCCUGGCUUAGGGCCUGAGCCAGCUUCCAGCCUUCAAAGGCACAGGCUCUGUCUGCUCACCUGAGGUCUUAGCCUUGCUUGCAUGGGCGUGAUCACAUCUACCUCCAAAGAUCCAUCCUGGGGAGUCCACCUGCCCUCACUGCCUUUCCGCUUCAGACUCCUUUUCUGAAGAGGCCCGAGACACUGCCAUGGGGAACGGAAGAGCUGCAGUUCCCCCAGCCCAGACAGACCCCUCACUCCAGCCUCCCAGCACCACAAAAACUGGCUUAGCCCGCCUCUGUCCAAGUGCAGAGAAGAGCCCCAAGCCUUGUAGAUUCCUUAGAAACACAACUCAGCUUGUGUCAUUCGGCUACGGACCGCACAAAUGUCACAGCCUCACAAGUCUCAGAGUCAGAAUACUGGGUUUGUCUCCCCGAAAUACUUAUAAUUUUAUUUUUUCAAAUGAAGUUUUCAAUAAAAUCGCCAGCUGUUACUGUGCUGUGA